CCAGAACAAAACCAACAGGCAUUAAUAUUCGGCAUUGUUGGUUGGUGGACAGUUAAAUCUCAUAUCUGAUAUCACAGACGGGAGCAUUGUUGUUGUUGCUGCUGCUGCUCAUUGCGGCUAGCCAACCUGCAAGGCUGGUUGUAGCGCAUCUAUGAAUUCUUUCAACAUUUUGAAUGAACUGAGAUUACUAAAUACAACAGUAGCACGUUGUUGUUGUUCAAAAGACAGGCCUAAUGCUGCAAUCCUGAGUCGUUGGCUAGGGCGCAACGAGAGGGAUGUACUCUCCAAUGAGGAAGGACUACGUCACGCUGACUUUGCGUGACCAGUACAGCCAUAACUAUACCAAUGGGAAACAGUGGAGAAGGCAGUCUUGCUGGAGGAAAUGGAAACAGCUGUCUCGAAUGCAACGCAGUCUGAUACUUUUCUUGUUGGCGCUGUUGCUAACGUGUGGCAUCGUCUUCUACCCCAGAAUAUCUCAGCAUUGGAGAGGGCUCUCUGAACGCUCCCUGGAGAAUGAGUGGAAAUCUGCGGAUGACAUCAGGGGUUUCCAUCCCAUACCCCCAGGGGCCAUGCCCAAGGUGAACGCUGAGCAUAUCAUGGAGCCUGUGCCCCACGAUGGCAUCCCUGAGCAACAUAAGCCAAAUGUCCCUAUUCUGCCUAAACCACCUGAAAUGAGGAAACCGCUUCCACACAAACGGGGACCACCUGUUAUUCUGCAGAGAGAAGGGAAUGUGUCCGAAACACAUGUGAAGGAGGUACAAGUGCUGGAGCAGAAGAAAGAAGGAGAAGAGGAGGCAGAGAAAAUUGCAGAGCAUGGUCAGAUUAGUUGGAGAGGUACAGUGAUCGAGGCAGAUCAGUCCACAGACUCUCCAUCACAGAUGCAAGACAAGGCAGGAGCAGCCGGGCCAACGAAGGCUGAAGGGGAGGCAGCACUACGGGACACAGUUACGUCUGUUAGCGCAGAGGGCCGUGUGGAGGCUGUUCGAGAGGCAUUCAGACAUGCAUGGAAGGGCUACAAGGGGUUCGCCUGGGGCCAUGACGAGCUGAAGCCCCUAAGCAAGUCAUAUGGGGAGUGGUUUGGCCUGGGUCUCACUCUCAUCGACGCCCUCGACACCAUGUGGAUCUUGGGGCUGAAAGAGGAGUUUGAAGAGGCCAGGGUGUGGGUGAAGGAGGAGCUGUCCUUCGACCGGAACGUGGACGUGAAUCUCUUUGAGAGCACCAUUCGCAUCCUGGGAGGUCUUCUCAGUGCAUACCACCUGACGGGAGACGAGAUGUUUCUGAAUAAGGCUAAAGACAUUGGAUCCAGGCUCAUGCCAGCAUUUAAAACCCCGUCCAAGAUCCCCUACUCGGAUGUAAACAUUGGCAAAGGUACUGCCCACCCGCCCCGCUGGACCACUGAUAGCACUGUCGCUGAGGUAACCAGCAUUCAACUGGAAUUCCGUGAGCUCAGCCGUCUAACGAGUGACCCACAGUACCAGGCCGCAGUGGAUGAGGUGAUGAGACAGGUGCACAAACUAGAGGGUAAAUAUGACGGCCUGGUGCCGAUGUUCAUCAACACCAACAGUGGGAAGUUCACUCACCGCGGCGUGUACACACUGGGGGCUCGCGCGGACAGCUACUACGAGUACCUGCUGAAGCAGUGGCUACAGGGCGGCAAGACGGAGAUGGCUCUAUUGGAGGAUUACCUCCAGGCCAUCGAGGGCGUGCGGAAGAACCUCCUGAGGAAGACUCAGCCCAGCCAGCUGACGUUUGUGGGGGAGCUGUCGCAUGGCCGCCUCAACCCAAAAAUGGACCACUUGGUGUGUUUUCUGCCCGGCACCCUGGCGCUGGGCGUGCACCACGGCCUGCCCUCAGAGCACCUGCAGCUGGCGGCGGAGCUGAUGGAGACCUGCCAUCAGAUGUACGCCCAGAUGGAGACGGGCCUGAGUCCAGAGAUCGCACAUUUCAACUUGCAGGCUCGCAAUGGACGUGACGUGGAAGUCAAGCCCGCUGAUAGGCACAACCUCCUGCGCCCUGAGACGGUGGAGAGCCUCUUCUACAUGUACAGAUACACCCACGACACCAAGUACAGGGACUGGGGAUGGGAGAUCCUGCAGAGCUUCAACAAGCACACCAGAGUGCCCACAGGUGGCUAUACGUCCAUCUCCAACGUGCGAGAUCCAGUCAGCCCUGGCCCUCGGGACAAGAUGGAGAGCUUCUUCCUGGGGGAGACUCUGAAGUACCUCUUCCUGCUCUUCACAGACGACGAGGAGCUCAUCAGUCUGGACAAGUACGUCUUCAACACUGAAGCCCAUCCGCUGCCGAUCUGGCCCUCUGGCUCCUGAGCAGACAACAACACAAAUGGCAAAGUAUAUGAAGCAUCUUUUUUCUAUCCCUUCACCUCUGUGGAACACAAAUAGAGAGAAAGAGAACAUUUGUCACCACCUCGAUCUGGUGUGUGGAUGUUUUCAGCCAUGGAGGUGUUCAGCUGAGAUGGUGAUUAUGCUGAUGAAAGAGGUCUGUAAUGAAGGAAUGGAUUUCUGUUUUCUUUCAUUUGCCUUUGCACUGAACCCAAAACUCUGUUUGAUAGCCAGUGGUUGUCAAGAAAUGAAAAGUCCAGAUGGGGUGGGUGUGCACAUGUAUAAUAUUACAACACUUACACAAUAGAGAACUCCUUGCCUUGGAUCAAAGGCAGAUACUUUUUAUGAUUUAUCUGCACUUUGGUAUGUUGAAGGAAUGCAAAAAGCACACAUUGUGCUUUUGUCUUUUGCUUUUUCCAUGUUGGAAAAUUGGACUGUAUAAUCUGCCAAUCCGAAGGAUAAACUUUUGAAGACCCGACACCUGCUGUUCUGUGAAGCCACUGUCUUUUGAAGAGGUUGUGUAAUUGUGUAAUUUUCUUAAAGGUGCACUGUGCAAUAUUUUCAGCAGUUUUUUAGAUACGUCCGAGCAUCUCUAUAAGAGGAUAUGUCCGUCCGUCGGUCUGUCCGUCUGAAAAGCAUUCUCCUGUGUCCACAAGGUGGCAGUGCAUAGACAGACGCAUCUUUAUUUGUCUGUUGGACUUGUUUAUUUCUAGAAUUCAUGCUGCCCAUUUCACAAAUAUUACCUUUUUCACAAAUACUUACCACCACCAUCAAAUUCUAAGUAUUCAUUGUAACUCAUGUAAGUUAUCUCAAUAAGGCACUCCACAUUAAAAAUCUUUAUCAACCCACAUGUAGCGGCACGAUAGCAUUCUUCUUAGCUCCCGUGAACCUAAGAAGCCUACAAACAAUCAGGAUAAGACGACGCCAUAUUGUACAAACUCAAAGUAUUCAUUAUGACAGGGGAAAUUACAUUUGUAUUACAUGAAAAGGAUUAACUUGUCCAUGGCUGCCAUUUUGAAUUUCCAGAAAUAAACAUUUUUAGCUGCACAUUUUCCUGUACUUUGGUCAGUAUACUAGUUUAUUUGUUAAUAAUAGUUCACAAAAAGAUAGACAGCACCGUUUCAGUGGGCAGUAUAAUUGCAAUACCUACUCUGACCACCAUCCUACACAGUGCAUCUUUAAGAGAUAAACCAUCCUACAACCCAGUGGUAAUGGAGAACUUCUUGAGUGCGUAAAUUAGGAAGGUUGGACUUGAUUACUGUGAUGAGCUCUCAGUCCCUUGUGCUCCUGUCAUUUAUAAUUUUGCACAGAAUUUGCCCUAACCAACACUAUCAAAAGCAACAUGUAAUACAAAAGACUAAAUCAUCCGGUCAUAGAAGAGGGAAGUUACAUUAAGUUUGUGUUAUUUAUGUUUAAAUGAUUUUUAAAGAAGCAUUGCAUUUCUGAUGCGUUAUACAUGCAAAAUAUUUGGCCGUGGAGUGGGACCAUGCCUAUUAAAUGCCUAUUUUUAUAU